CACAACAAGCUGCCAUGAUGCAGCUGAUACGCCUGGAAGCUGCCAUCGUGUUUGGGAUUGUUUUUCCUCAGGUCUCCAGCAUGAGAAUUUCAUCGGCGUCCUCGGACUGCUUGGCUGCUGUGGAAACCUGCAUGUCAGAUUUAUGCGAGAUUCAACAGGCAGUUUACAGCGGCAUCUGCAAGGAUGAAGGCUGCCAAAUAAAAGGCUCGGAGGUGUGUAACAUGACCAUCCAGACCGUACUGGACCAAUUUCCUUCCCUGCCAGGGUGUGUGUGCGCCUGGGAGGAGGAGCUUUGCGACUCCAUAGACGUGCUGGCUGCACAAUGCCUCCAGAAGCCAGCAGUCCCACAGAGGAGCGCAGUGAUGGACUGGAAGACCAGCGCCUUGAAAGACCUCGUAAAUGAUGCUGCUGGAUCCUGUCUGGACCGAACCAGAGUGUGUGUCAGUGACACGGUCUGCAACAGACACCUAGUGCCUGUUCUUCAGGAAUGCACGACAAAGUGCCACAGUGAACGCUGUCUGCAGGCGACUCGGCGCUUCUAUAGCCGCAUGCCUCAGAAUGUGGCGGAGAUGCUGGCCAUGUGCGAGUGUGAGGCUUCUGAUCAGACCUGUCUGCACAUGAGAAAUGUCCUGCAUGGUGGCACAUGUGGAGAGGAGCCCUGGAUCUGCCAGCAGGCACUGCACCAGUGUGUUGAAGAUGAUAACUGCAGGAACCUGUUAGAAAUGUUCCAGGCCAAAUGCUGGAGCCCUGAGGAAGCAGCAUGCAGCGACAGUAUGCUGAGAAGUGAGGAGUGUUUCACUCGGAUGGAUCCAGCUCUUGUUCUCGGCGGAGACUCCGAAUGUAAAAAGGCCUUCUUGGACACUCUGGGCACCGUGCUUCACCAUCCCUGUGUGUGCAAAGGCAUGAACAGCCAGGAUCUGGCGACCUGCGAGAGGAUCCACGACGUUCUUCACGACCGAUCGCUCUUCACCACAAAUCUCACAAAUCAUGCCGGACCUUCAAAAUCACCUGGAAAAAAUAAGUCAAAGCCAGACAGCACACAAGUACACGACUAUCUGCUGUACGCUGUCGCUGCUGUGCUGCUCGUCGGUGUGACUGUAGUAAUGCCUCUGGCCGCUGUCAUUAAAGUAUGGACUCUGAGGAGGGACACAACUAAGUUUCACCAUCCAGUUAAAAGCCAGUGUGUCGCAAUCGCCUGAUGACGUCCAUCCUGAUGUGCUUAUCAUGUAUUUAUUUAAGAAUUUUGACCCUCAAAAUGAUCUUUUUGUGAUGUAGAUAUUAAUUUCUGUAUUGCUGAGUAUUUUUCUUUGUAAGACAAAAUCAAUCGAUAAUGUUUUAAAAUAUAUACAUCACGUAUUGGAUUCAUAUGAAUUAGUCAGUUAGAGAGACAUGACAUCCCCACAAGAAGUCCAACUACCAAGCUUUAAGACUCUUUUAGGGUGCAAUAAGAACGAAAUUUACUAUAAAGGGAUUAAAAUCAUUCCUAUGUUUUGCCUGUCAUUGAAGAAACAUUCCCUUUAAACAACAAUGAGCUACGGAAAACUUUCUACCUGUUUUAAAGAUACAGCUUGGUGGACUGGGACAAAUUUUCACACCUAAACAGACACAUGCUCACAAAGGUCACCGGGUGUUUUUAUAUUUAAAGGUUGUGCAAAGAUCAACAAGGAUCUCAGCUAUCGGUUAGUCAAUUUUUUUUGUCUUCCAUUUUAGUUCAUGUUGUUUCUCAUCGUAUCCCAUCAGCCACUGCGCUGUCAGGUCUGAUGUGCUUGUUUUUCAUCCGUCUUCAGUGUCGCACAAGCUGUUUGUUUUCCUGUUGAAUGAUAUUUGAAGCCAGAGCUGAGAGGAGGGUGACAAAGUGGUGCCGCUCAGUCUGAACGUAUGAAAUAAAAAGCCACUGUUUCACACAGGUUGAAGGACGACACAACUAAUGUGUCACAAGCAAAUUUCCAUUUGCCAUUAAAAAUGUGAUUAUCCUCUAGAUGUCUUCUAAGCCUCUGCUAUUUUGCACUUUAUCAUCUGUUGAUGUUAUGGUUAUAAUUAUAAUCCAGAACAAAUGCAGAAUUAAAAAAUUUCCAACCUUAUACAAACGACAACUAAAAUAGAUAUUUAUGUUCCCAGUUUUGAUCAAUCUACCGAAGAGAAAUUGCUGUUAUGCCAACGUGUGAUGUAUGAGACUUUCAGGAGGAUUAUUGAAGGCAGCGUCAUGUUCUCAGCUUCAGUCGAUAAGCCUUCACACCGCUUCUCACUCUCGAAUCAAUCAUUCGUAAAA